AAUUCGCGCUUCCGUUAUUUAUCAAAGUCGCAUAUUUGUCGGGGAUAGGAGGAAAUUUCAGCGAGCUGUGGCAUUGAACUGAGUAAACCCUGCAAUUGUUGAGAUCUGACAAACAACGUGGUCUAGAUCGAAACAAAGUUUUUCCAAUACCUGUACAUCGAAAAAUCGUUGUUGCCGUUAAAAGACAUAGAGCAAUGGAUGCUUUGAGGAAGCAAGCCAGUAAACUGAGAGAACAAGUCGCCAAACAACAACAGGCUGUAAUCAAACAAUUCAGUGCGAGCGGCUAUGAAAGCUCGGAGGUUAUGGUUAUUGAUGAGAUUGAGAUGCAAACGCAUCAACAGUUGGAGAAAUUGUACCGGUCUACUCGCUCUGGAAGGGUAACUAUUUUACUAUUGUUAUCUAUGAAUCACUGCAUGUCCUUUUUGGGAAUGGUGUUAGAACCCCUGAGGGCAAUGAUGGGUGGUUCUCCUCUCGAAGAUGCUCGUCAUCUUGCUCAACGUUACAGUAAAAUGAGACAAGACGCAGAGGCACAGGCAGUAGAAAUUUCUAGAAGACAAGCACGGGUAAGGGAAUCGCCUAUACCAGAAAAUGUAGCAAAGCUGCAUGCAGCAGAAUCUAGAAUGCACGAACUGAAAGCCAACAUGGCAGUACUUGGUAAAGAAGCAGCGGCUGCAUUGGCUGCUGUAGAAUCACAGCAGCAGAGGCUUACAUUUCAGAGACUCGUUGCUAUGGUUGAAGGUGAAAGGAUAUAUCAUGAGAGAGUAGCUACCAUUCUUGGUAAUAUUGAAGCUGAGAUUGUCUCGGACAAACAACGGAAGGAGGCUGCUCCACCCGUAACUCCUCUCAAUCACUCUUCGGAGAAGACGAAGUACUUUCUCGCUGAGGCAACGCAUCCUUUUGAUGCUGCAUCAGAGAAGGAACUGAGCUUGGCAGUAGGAGAUUAUAUCGUUGUUCGUAAGGUGAAUCCGUCCGGAUGGUCGGAAGGAGAAUGCAAAGGCCGAGCAGGUUGGUUCCCAACUGCAUAUGUCGAGAAACGCCAAAGAAUUCCCACAAAUUAUACAGCUGCUGAUGUCUAUUGAACCAUGCCCUCGUGCUCGGCCGGUGCUCAAUAUUUCAAAUAUUCCAAAUCUUUUUCAAUUUGUUUGGCAGUUCACCCUCUCAUUUAAAAAUGCACUUAUACAAAUGUAUAUUAUGAGAUUGAUAUGUUGGUUCAGUUCUGCAAUGUAUUUGAGAACACGUUUAAAUCCAUGGUUUCCUUUGUGGUAUUGGCAUAA